CAACUUUCUUCAACACAUGACAAUUCGCUUUUGUCGUUAGAACAAUCAACGCACUCUCUCACACUCCGGGAAUGGGAUCUCCAGUAAUUUCAAAGAAAAACUUUCAAUUCUUCCGAGUUUACGCUCUCCGAAGGCUACUUUUCAAACUCCUUGGAUAGUUGUACCUGUUGGGUGCCAAGUAGACCAAACAUAAAGGGAACUGGUCUAUGAGGUCCAUGUAGCAGCAGGAGCCGUCGCUGUGAUAAUUGUAUGCCUGGUUAGGGAGAAAGGGUGCACGACGUCCCACCAAGAGCUCAGAGUCACAGUGGGAACGGAAAGGCCGCGCGUAAAGUACCCGCGAGUAAAAUGGGUGCUGGUGAUUUCUGAAAACAGUAAGUGUUACUAAAUUAAAUUUAGGCUGAACAUUUGUUAACGUCUGAUUAUAGGGCCCGUACACACUGUAUAUCAUUACUUGAGGAUUAAAUUACCUGCGCAAAGUCGGGUUGGGCCAACAUUUCAGUCAUGGCCAAAUGGUUCAAAGAUUUCCCCAUAAACCUUAAGAACGGAAACGAACGCGUUCGUUCUGCCUCCGAGUCUGGCCCACAACCUCGCUCUAAAUCGGCGUUUUCCCGAGACAGUCUGAAGGGACUCCCACGCAAGGAUGGAGGUGUUGGAGGAGUCGGGAGUUUAUUGGUGGGAAGAAACCGUAAGAAUUCUGCUGUUGAACUAGGGCGCAACAGCAGCGGUCCUACGGGGUCAGUGUGGGAUACUCUUCGGAAGAAUUCAAAAGUUGACGCCGGGGGGCCAGAUGAGAACCGCCAACCCAGGACCUCCACCACCAACUUUGCGCACGCUUACAUUAGUAGAAUGAUCAAAGUUGACAAACAGGACAAGAACCCGAAAGUCACCGCCAAGAAGGAAAAAAAGCUACCGGAAAACGACAAAGAAAAGCCCGACAAUAAAUCUACAAUGCUGAUCAUCUUGGAGGACUACGCCGACCCGUUUGAUGCAGAGAAGACCAAGGAGCAGAGGGAGGCAGAGAGGGCCGGGGGGAACGACGGCUACAUGGAGCCCUAUGAUGCCCAGGUCAUCAUCACAGAAGUGCGCCGACGCGGCUCCAAGGACAUGCUGAAGGUGUGUGUGCUGCUGGACCGCGGCCAGGGGGGCCAUGUGGAGGGGAGGGGGGAGGACGGCAAGCCCCCGCCCCUCAACAUUUAUGACACGCCCUACGAGGGAGGGCCCGCGGGCGACAGCGAGGGGGUGUGGAUCCCCGUCACCCGGCCCGAGUCCGACGUGCGUCCCCCAGGGGAGUAUGAGCUGCCCUGGGAGUGGAGGAAAGAGGACAUCGUCAGGGCCCUGUCAGCCCAGUUUGAGGCGGGGGACUGUUCUCUUGGCAGGGAGGGUGGCUCCACCCCCUGUCGCCAGCAGCUCCAGCAGCUCCAGCAGCAGCAGCCGCAGCACACCCUGAGACAGAAGACCUGGAACCACAAGAGCCUGGUCUCCACCUCCCUGUCCUCCCCCUCGUCCCCGUCUUCCCCUUCCUUCCCCUCCUCCCCCAUCCUCAAACUCUCCCCUCUCUCGCCCCCCUCUCCCUCGUUCUCCACUCUCAAACCUUCGCCUUUCUCGUGCUCUUCCUCCCCCACCACCAAACUCUGCCCCCCCUCUCCCACCUCUGCCCCUGCCGCUGGCCCCCUGGAUGGAGACGUGGCCAAGGUGGACCCCACCCUGCCCUUGGAGAAGCAGAGCUGGUACCAUGGCAGUGUGAGUCGCCAGCAGGCAGAGGCUCAGCUGCAGCGUUGCAAGGAGGCCAGCUUCCUUGUGAGGGACAGCGAAUCAGGCACCAGCAAAUACUCCAUCGCUCUGAAGACCAGCCAGAGCUGUGUGCAUAUCAUCGUGGCUCAGACUAAGAGCAGCAAGGGCCUGGGCUACACCCUGGACCAGAGCAGCUGUGUGUUCGCCAGCAUCCCAGAAGUUGUGCACCACUACUGCACACAUAGACUGCCUUUCACAGGAGCAGAGCACAUGACCCUGCACUACCCUGUCACCAGGCCUCAUUAAUCAUAUAUAUAUAUGUAUAUAUAUUUAUAUUAGUGCUGUCAAGCGAUUCAAAUAUUUAAUCGUGAUUAAUCAUAUUAAUGUCAUAGUUAAGUCACUAUUAAUCGCAAAUCUUUUUUCUAUGCUAAAUAUCCCUUGAUUUCUUUGUCCCAUUAAUUGUUCUCAUUUUAAUGCUCUUAUCAACAUGGAGAAGUGCAACGGCUUGCCUUGUGCAAAUGUUUUUUUAUUGAUAACAACAUUGGCAUAUACUGAUCAAAACAGGACUAUGCAAAAAAAAAGCCUAUAGUGCAAUUAAACGAUGAAUGUACAAACAAACUACAUUGAACAUAGUAGUCAGGCUACUGCUUCUUUGUUUUGAGCCAAAGAAAAAAAUUAAAAAUUAACGCCGUUAAAAUUGGUUUGCGUUAACGCCAUUAAUAACGCGUUUAACUGACAGCCCUAAUAUAUAUAUAUAUAUAUAUAUAUUUGUGUGUAUAUAUACACACACACACACACACACACACACACACACACACACACACACACACACACACACACACUAUUUACUCCUUCCUUCUUUUUUUACAUAUGUAUGCAAAGCCAGACAAUAAAGGACAAUGGGUACAAAUUGAUAAACAUACACAUCUCCCCAUCAGAAAAUACCCAUUCAAAUUAACGCUGGCAUACCAGCGAUGAACCCAGAAUCACCAUACAAACCGCAUGGAAUGUGUUCAUAAUUCACAUAACCUUUGUCUUUUACCGGCAAUCCCUACUGAGACCCGGCAGAGCAAUCAGUGUACUGUAUAAAAUACAUGUUGUAUUAUUAAAUAUAUGAUUGCAGUAAACAGCAAUGCACACAAAUCCGUCCUUUAAACGUUUCAGAGUUAUGUUCUAUGUUAUUUUUGGUGAAAAUGCACGUUAUGAAUGUUUAUUAUUGAUCAAGUGAAAUGUGUUUCCUUCGUCCCUCGUUUAUGCUGACUGGAAGCAUGACAUCACUCUGCAGAUGGUUUUAACUUGGAGACAUAUCCUCAUUGUGCACUGAUGAGGUCCAUUUGUGUGGUCACAGUGUCAACAUCGUAUAUAAAAUAGGAUUUCAAUCCUUGGAAAGAAUCAGUAA